UAGAAAGUUUUUUUUUCAAAUGCACCUAAUGUAUUUAGUGAAAUAUUCAUUCUUUAAUUGUAUUAUUUAAAACUGAUUUAUUAAUAUUUUCGCUUAAAAUUUCUAAAAUUUAAUAAAUCAAAUUAAAUUUUUUAAAUUUAUAACAGUUAAACGAAUUUGAUUGAUUUUAUCAUUUUUACUAUGGAAAAACAGAAUGAUUCUGAUGAAAAUAUUGAAACGAUUAUGGAAGUUAAUUAUGCAAAUAAUAAAGAUUUGCUGUACAGCAAUUAUGAUAGUAUUAGUGAAACUAGCUCACAAUAUGAUAAUUACCAAUAUUCAGUUGAUGAUGAAUCUUUAAUGAUAGUUGAAGAAGAUGAAAACAGUACAAUUAGUAGUAAUAGUGGAGAAUUAGAAAUUGAUGAAAACUUAAUUAAAUCUAAAAUAAAUAUUUCAAAACAUUCUAUGGUUAAAAAUUCUGAUGAAAAUAUUAUUGUUCAUCCACCUAAUAUACAAGUUAAUAUUAAUGAAAAAACAUUGUCUUCUGUUGUAUUUGAUUCUUCAAAGUGUUCAAAUAUAAGUACAAAAAAUAAUAGUUUUAUAGAUCUAGAAAAAAUAUCUAUGCCUAAAAAAACAGAUAUUACUAAUAUAAAAUAUAAUAUAAAACCAUCAUUAGCUAAUCAAAUUAAGAAAACAAAAUCUAUUUCUUUUAUAUCUUCUAGUGUAUUAAAACCAUCGACAACUACUACAGCAAGAAUUAUAAAACCUAAACCAGUUGAACUGGAAAAUACCCAAAGUAAAUUUUUAACAAAAUCAAUAAAUGAUUUAAAAAAGGCUGUUUCAAAUGAUAAAAAAUCAGAAGUUUAUAUGGUUCCCCAUGAUGGUAUAAAUUAUAUGGUGCGAAAAGUUAAUAUCAAUAAAGAUCAACAAACUAAUCCAAACAUAAAAUCAACUACUCUUAAUAGUAAUUUAGAAAAUUUUGUUGAAACUAGUAACCUCAAAAAAAAGUUGUUGAUGUCAUCAAAAUCUCCAAAUAAAUUUGUAGCCCAAAUGCAGAAACUACCAGAUGGUAAAUUCAAAGUAGUACGUGCACAAGGAAAAGUUCCAGUAGCAUUAGAAAAUCUUUUUAAACGAAACUCAGAUUUUAUUAAACAAAAAAUUGCUAGUAAUUCUGCUUCAAACUUAUGUAAGGUUAGUAAUUAUAUUAAAAUGAAAAAAACUUUAGUUAAUCAAACAGAUAUUCAAAGAAUUACUAAAAGUAAAUUAUACCAAAAUCAACUGCAGGUAAAAAAUAUUGGUAAAAUAAAAGAUCCAGAUUACAUGAGUUUAGAUAAAGAAGAAAAUUCUUAUACUAUAAAUAAAAAUUGUUCUUUAUUAAAAGAAGAAAAAACUAAUAUAAAUGCAAAAAAUAAUCACACAUCAAUAAAUGAAGAAGAUUGUUCAUCUGGUUUUAUCAAAAUAUCGCCAAAUUCAUUAAUUCAAUCAGAUGAAAAAUCAUCUGUUAUUAUAAGACCUGAUACUAAAUUAAAUAGUAAAUUAAAUCAAAAACAAAAUUCAAGUAUAAAUUUUGUACCAAAGAUAAAAAAAGAAGAUGAUAAUUUAAAUGAUACUUCAGCCAUCAAUGAAGAAGUAAUGGGUGUAAUUGAAGAUGAUAGUAAUGAUAAUAUUACCUGUCUUUCAUUUAAGGAUUUAAAAAGAAAUCAUUGUAAUUCUACUGACAAUGAGAAAAAUAAAAUUUCUCCGGAAAAUUCUAAUAAGAAAUUAUUAUUGAAUAAUGGUAUUAAAAUUGAAAAGAAUGACAUCCAAGGAUGUUAUGAUGAUAAUCAUUUUGUGUCUUGUCAUUAUGAAUACUGUGACACGUUAGUUCAUAAACUUGAAUUAAUUGAUAAUUUAUACUGCAGUUUUGCGUGUAAAAAAUUAGAUUUCAAUAAAAAUAUUGAAGAAUCUGCCACAGUUCAAGAAGCACCCUUCUCAUCUUUGCCUCUAAAACCUAAAAUUGACAGACAACAAAUUUUGACCAAAAUAGGAAAUAGAAUUAUACAUAAAAGAAAACAGUUGUUGACACCUCCAUCUCCUGAUAAAAGAACAGUUAAUGAUGGAUGGGAUGAACCAUUUUUUGAUAGUUCCUGUAGUGAACCACCUAAUGAUAUUUUAUCGUCAAAAUAUUCUCCUAUUAAUAACAGCUUCCAUGAAAUAGAUGAUGAUGAUGAUGAUGAUGAUGAUGAUGGUGAUAUAGUAUUUGAUCUUGAAUCUGUUAAUGGUGAUCAAAAUUUGCUCAAUUACUUAGAAGAAAUGCAAAUGAAUUCUGCUCCAAAAAGUUUGUUUGAUAAACCAUUUCCUAAUGAACAAAACCCUUUUAAAGUUGGUCAGAAGUUAGAAGGUAUUGAUCCUGAACAUGAAGCACUUUUCUGUGUUAUGACUAUUGUUCAAGUUCAAGGCUACCGUAUAAAACUACACUUUGAUGGAUAUCCUGGUGAUUAUGACUUUUGGGUCAAUGCAGAUUGCCCUGAUAUAUUUUAUACAAGAUGGUGUGAGCAGAAUGAUCGAACUGUACAACCGCCCAAGAAUUAUGAAAAAAGAUUUGACUGGGAAAAUUAUUUAAAAGAAUGUCGAGCCAUGCCAUCUCCAAAAUGGGGUUUUUCCUCCUUAAAAAAGUCAACUAAUAGUCAAAUAAAAAAAUUUAAAGUGGGAGCUAAGUUAGAAGCUUUGGAUAAGCUUACAAGAACCUUACCAAAACAAUUAAUUUGUGUAGCUACAGUUGCUGACAUCCUAGGUGAUCGUAUACGAAUUCAUUUUGAUGGAUGGACUGAUGAUUUUGAUUAUUGGACCGAUAUAACAUCAACAAAUAUUCAUCCUGUUAAAUGGUGUGAUAAUAAUGGUCGUGUUUUAUCAGCUCCUAGCGGAUAUAAUGAUUACAAAGGUAAAAAACCAUUUUCAUGGACAGAGUAUUUAAAGGAAACUAAUAGUGAACCAGUGCCAGAAGAGGCUUUUAUAAGAAGACCCCUUAGAGAUUUCAGUAUAAAUAUGACUAUUGAAGUAGUUGACCUUGUAGUUCCUCAAUUGAUUCGAGUUGCAAAAGUAAUAGAUGUUAAAGGCGAUGAAAUCAAAAUUCUUUAUGAUGGAUUUCGUAGUGUUUAUGCCUAUUGGGUUGAAGAUGAUAGCCCAGAUAUACAUCCAAUUGGUUGGGCUGUCCGUACAAAUCACCCUCUUGAAAUACCUCCAAGAAAAAAUUAUGUCAAUACCUGUGGAGUUGUUGGCUGCAGUGGUAAAGGCAAUGCAAAUUCUUUAAAGACUGAUCACAACUUUAUAAAGGAUUGUCCUUAUGAGUUAGAUACAUGGAAAAAGGCUGUUGCUGGGCUAGCCAAAAUACCAGAUCGUUUGAAAACAGAAGAUGACAUAAAUAGUUCUAUUAAUACUAGCACUAAGUCACAUUCUCAAAUUAAUCACCAAGAUGAUGAAAUAAAAGGAAAAAACAAAAAUAAUAAUUUAUCUUACACAAAUGAAACAUCUCUAAAACAAAAAGGAAAACUUGUUCAAAAUAAACAAAAUGAUCUCCAUUUUAAAAAGACUUCAAGGCAUAACACUGAUUCUAAAGUCAUUAAUGUAAAACAAAGCACAACAAAUAUCAAUGAUUUAGAAUUACGCAAAGAAGUAGGUAUGUCUACUAUAGCACAUAAUAUGGGUCCAUUAUCAGAAACACAUUGUGGCAGAUCCUGGACAAGACAUAAUGCUCAACUUGGAUUACCAAUAUUUGGUACAAAUGAUGUGCUUAGAUGGUCUGUGGAAGAAGUGGCUUCUUAUGUUGACCGUUUUGUGGGUACUAAAUUUAUAGAUAAAUAUACAAAUGAAGAAUUUAACGUAUCAGAUAGGUUUCUAGAACAGGAAAUUGAUGGAGAAGCUUUUUUAAUGUUAACUCAAGAUGAUAUGAUGAAAUUAAUGAAAAUUCCUUUAGGGCCAUCAAUUAAAUUAUAUAGUGCUAUUAUUAUGUUAAGACAAAGAACUCCUGCAUUUAAUUUUGAAUUGUAAUUAACUCAUCUAAAAAACUUGAUGUACAAUAAAUUUUAUAUUUGUUUUU